AUGUCACACGUGGAGAACGCGGAGCGCAAGAAUGGCAGCGGACGUACGAACGACGUAGCAGCGGACGCGCUAGAUAAAUCCGUCGCCGGAGCGAGAUCGGAGAGACCCAUCGUCGACGACGAGGGAACCGAGGUGGAGAAUAAAACGACGAGUGAAGUGCUCGGUGCUACGUCGAGGCUAGAUACGGACAGAAAUACCGAGAUAUACAUCGAUACAAAAGCGCGGAAGAACGAUAGUAGCAUUAAUCAAGCGAGUACAAUAAUUUUAGAUGCACGCGUUUCUUUCGGCGACAUUUGCCGAAUCUGCCACAUGGGCGGGCACGGCUCGAUUGCGGAGAAUCAUUCGUUCACACGAGAGUCGCGAAAUCAGGGCGAAUGGACGUCGACGCCGUCAAACCUCAUCUACCUCAGUCCUCUUAUUUCAGCGUGCAAGUGCCGAGGCACAGUGGCUUUGGUGCACGUCGAGUGUCUCGAGAGAUGGUUAACUGAGUCUGGUCGCGCAAGAUGUGAACUCUGCGGUUACAAGUACGCGACGAAGAGGGUGCCGCGUUACGGCCUCUUUCGUAGCGUCGCGAUAUGGUUCCACACUGUGAUAGCCACCCGACAGAUGUUACUCGACAUCGGGUAUCUGGUGAUGACCACGCCCGUGGCCGCGUUUUCUUGCUACGUGUGCACCCUGACCUUGAAAAUGUUGCUGCGAAACGGCUUUUACGAGAUACCGUGGACGAUAAUCGCCAUGCUGCCAACCUGCUUAUUGACGCUGAUAGCUUAUUGGCGAUGGAUAAUUACGUUAGGGAGAUUGCAUGGCUAUCGAUGGAGACGUUAUUGGAGGAAUAACUUUGUAAUUCGUUUGAUUCCGAAUAACGUGGACAAUUCCGAUUCGUGGACGAUUCCGAACGAGGGCAACGCGACAGAUCAUCAAUCAAUGGAGUAUGCCGAUGCGCAAGAUUUCGAGCAGUGGAUGCUCGAGGAGAUCGAGGAGUUCGCGUGACCCUUGAACUGCGCAACGACCUCGAUUAAUCGCGACAAUCAUUUUUUAUCUUCAUUCGAAUAUGCCGUCGCCGCUGCCGCUCGACGAUACUCUUAUACAGCUGCGCGAUAUUUAAUUGCAUUUUAUUAAUGCGAACACUUCAAUUGAAGCCCAUUGUCGCGUAAUGAAGCCGAUUCGUCGCAGCAUCAAAGUCAAAUCGAGACGUACACGGCUCGCAUUUCCGCGUCUGAUCUCGCCCGGAUUUAAUAUUGUUAUUUGAAUUUUGUUUAGGUCUUUUCUCACCACGAUUGUAAAACUAGAUGAACACAAUUGCGAAAUAAACAAUUUGAUAUAUA